AUGGGACAAUAGUGUUGUAAUGUAAAAAAUGCAUAUGUUCCUGAUCAGAUACCAAUAAACAUUUAUACUCCAGAUCAAAUUGAUUAUUAAGGACUUUAAAACACAAAAUAAAUGCUAGAAGUAGUCAGUUAGGGUUUUGAUGAUGAUUAAAGCAACAGAAAUAUUAUUGAAGAUGAACAUUUACCAUCAGAUGCAAUGAAAUUACAUGAGAUUCCUAAAUUAGAUAAUCAAAAAGCAGAAUCAAUUAGACAAUAACUUGGCUCUAUCAAACUAAAUUAUGAUUCUGAAUAUCCAAUUUAUCAACCUGUAUAAAUUGUAAAUUACAAACCAAAUGGAGAUAUUCAUUCAAUUGUUAUUUAUGAAGGUCAAUGGUAUAAAUCAAAAAGAAAUGGAGCAGGUAUUCAAUAUUAUCCUGAUGGUUCAAUUUAUGAAGGUCAUUGGUGUCAUAAUAAACAUGAUGGAUUUGGUAGGAUUAUCUAUGCAGAUGGAGAAUAUUAUAUAGGAGAAUGGAGAUUAGGAUAAUCUCAUGGUGAAGGAACAUUAGUUACUAAAGAGUUGACUUAUAUAGGAAGAUGGGAAGAUGAUUUAUAAGUAAGUAUAUUUUAUAUUAAGAAUGGAUAAGGUUAUGAAAAAAAGAGUAAUGGUACUACUUAUGAAGGAUAAUUUAAAAAUGGACGUAAGCAUGGAUCAGGCUUAGUUAAAUAUUCAGAUAAUUCUUAAUAUAAAGGAAAUUUUGUUGAAGAUCGUUACGAGGGGAUUGGAGAAUAUAAAUGGAAUGAUGGUAGAACUUAUGGGGGAGAAUGGAAAAAUAAUCUAAUGAAUGGUAAAGGUGAAAUGAGAUACCCAAAUGGAGAUAAAUAUAUAGGUAUAAUAAUUAAAUUCAUCAUCUAGGACAUUUUAAGAAUGAUAAAAAACAUGGAUUAGGAAAAUUUAUUUAAAUGAAUGGUAGAUCUAUUGAAGGAGAAUGGGAGGAAGGUAAAUUAAAUGGAGAAGCUAAAAUAACAGAACCUAAUGGAGAAUCAUUUUUUGCUAAUUUUAAAAACGAUUAAAUUAUUUGA